AUGCAGAAUAAAUCCAAUACAUCUGGCGUUCCGGGCCUGCCCGGAGGUCCAGCAAUACCGGGCCUACAUGGUAUGUCGGGUUUACCAAAUAUGCCAUGUUUGCCAAACAUGCCAGGAAUACCAAACAUGCCAGGAAUACCAAACAUGCCAGGGGUACCAAACAUGCCAGGGGUACCAAACAUGCCAGGGGUACCAAACAUGCCAGGAAUACCAAGUAUACCGGGGGUACCAAACAUGCCAGGGUUACCAAGUGUACCAGGCAUGCCAAGCAUGUCAGGCAUACCUAAUAUAAUUGGCCACCCAAUGAACGGCCAAAAUAUGAACAGUCAGAGUAUGAACGGUCAGAGUAUGAACAGCCAGGGCAUGAACAACAGUGGGCAUUACAUGAACAACAAUUCUAUGAGCCAGUUACCAAUGCCGUAUCUCCCUGGAAUUAUGCCUACCAUGAACUCAUCAGAUUAUUACGGAAAAAAUAUGAUGCAUAUGAACGCAGGGGGAGGAGGAUACGAGAAUUACAACUCCCUAAUGUAUGGGCAGCAUAACAGUAUGAAUAUCCCCAUGCCUCCAGGAACAGUAGACUGCUUAAAUGACAUGUCAUCAAUGAAUAUGGGGAAUCCGAAUAUGAUUAAAUUGUACAACAAAGAUUUCGCACACAAUAAUUCUCAGAAAAUGAUGAAUAAUAAUAUGGGAGCACCAAUGAAUGGAAAUAUGAUGAACCUUCCUAUGAACAUACAUAUGAAUUAUCUGAAUAACUACAAUGCAGAAAAUCAUGGAUGGUGUGAAAUGGUAGCAAAAAAUGGAAGGAAAUAUUUUUACAAUUCCAUAACAAAAUGUUCAAAAUGGGAAAAACCAGAUGAACUAAAAUCAAAGGUUGAGUUACGUAUUUCACAACAAACCAAAUGGAAAGAAUACUCUUGUGGUGAUGGCAGAAAAUACUGGCAUCAUGAAGAAAAAAAUAUUAGUGUAUGGGAUGAACCAGAAGAAAUUAAAAAAAUUAAAUUAGAAUGUGCUGCUGAGGAUGCAAAAAAUGAAACGGGUGAAGAAAACUAUCUAAACAGUAGUACUACUACUUAUGGAAGUGUAACUAAAAAAAAUAACACAAAUAACUUAUCAUCGAAUGAUCUACCCAGAGAGGACGGAAAUCAAACCUAUGAUGAUAUUAUGAACAAAAUAAAUGUGGAAAAUACCAAUGGAAAGGAAAAUAAAAACAACAGUAACAUAGACAUGUAUAACAAUCUCCAAUCUAGAAGUGGGAAUUAUACCGAAUUAAAUAAUAACAAUGUUAUGAUGAACAAGAAUGUGGAUGAAACAAACCAAAAAAAAAAUGCAUCACACAGAAACAAUAACAAGCCAACAGUAGUAUGGAAAAAAUUUGAAAAUAAAAAUGAUGCAAAAGAACACUUAAAACUUUUAUUUGAAGAAAAAAAUAUUAAUCCCAAGUUAACUUGGGAAAACGCUUUAAAAAUUCUAGAAAGUGAUGAUAGAUGGUUCAGUCUUGCUCUCCUGACGAAGGGAGAAAAAAAGCAAUUAUUUUCUGAGUAUGUUAGUCAUGCUGCCAAACGGGCAAGUGAAAAUGAAAGAAGAAAACGACAAAAAUCUAGGGAAUUAAUUUUUCAGGCUCUAUUAAACUGGAAUAAAUUAAACGAACAAACAUCAUAUGUUGAAUUUGCAUCAGAAUUUUAUAAAGAAGAAUGGUGGAAUUGGAUUACAGAAAGUGAAAGAGAUGAAAUAUUUCAAGACUUUUUAGAUGAUUAUAGACCCAAAUUUAAAGAAGCUCGAAGAAAAAAAAGAAAAAAGACAUCAGAAAAUUUAAAAGAAAAAUUUCAACAGUAUGCAGAUAAAAAAAAUCCAUUAAAAUGGAAUGAUAUCAAAGAAUACUUUAAGGAAGAUGAAGAUUUUAACUCAUUGCACAAAAUUGACGCAUUAGCUUCUUGGGAAAGUUUUUACGAAAAAUAUCAUAACGAUGAAAAAAUGGAGUUGAAAAAAAAAGUAUUUCGAAUUUUAAGAAAAAAAAGAGAUGCUUUCAUUGAAUUACUAAACGAAUAUCAUAAAAAAAGUGUCUUAAAUAUGAAGACGCAGUGGAUAUUUUUUGUAUCAAAAAUUUAUAAAGAUGAGCGUUAUACAGAUUUAUUAGGUCAUCAAGGCUCCUCACCCAAAGUUCUAUUUGACGAAUUUAUUGACUCCCUUCAGGAGCAAUAUUUAAGGCAUAAAUCAUAUGUCAAGAGUGCAUACAAAGAAAUGGAUUGUAGCGUAGAUGAAAACACCACGUUUGAUCAAUUUUUAGUGCUUUUUACAAAUGUGCAACAUAAGUAUGACAUCCCACAUACAAAUAUGAAUUUUAUUUAUCAUUCUUUGCAAAAAAAAUUAAAAGAAAAAAAAAAUAAACAAGCAAAACAUAUUAACAAAGUGGCCAAAUAUUUUACCAAAGUGCCAGAACUUAAAACUAGCAUGUCAUAUAGCAAAGUUAUUAGCAUAGUUAAAAAUUCCAGAAAGUGGCCUGUGUUAUGUGAGCUUUGUCCCAAUGAGGAACAAAAAAUAGCUGCAUACGAUUUGUGGAAAUCUUUUUCAAAUUCAACGAAGAAUUGCCUUUCCAUUGAUUCAUCAAAUUCCAAUUCAAAUAAAAAUUUUAAAAAUAGUAGACAAAGGGAUUCUCUAAAAUAUAGUGAUGAUGAUUCUGAGGAAGAAUACAAUAAUAAAAUUCAUUCAAAGUAUAGGAAAUACUCCAGAGAAGAAUCUGAUUCAAGUGGUCAGACAAUAGAAUCUCUACGUACCAUUGAUCAUAAUGCAUCGAACUAG